CUGUAUCACAUACACACGGGUGUGUACCUUGAAUUCUACGCUACAUGGACACCAUAUGACUUUGAUAUGGGCGUUGCGAGUUAAGAGUCCAUGAUUAACACAGACACUCCACCCAAGUUGCAUCGAGCCCUCACUUAGGGCCAUGAACCUGUUCAGAACUGACAACAUAUAUUUGAUCGCCAAACGCUCUUAUCUACCGUAGACGAAAUAUAAGCCAGACCCUACGAGGGUUGUUAGAUAUUUACGGGAGCAUUUCCGGAACUUCUACAAGUUAAGCACACUCAAUCUGCACAUACAUGUUACAAACGUCAAAGCGAAACUUGGAAAAGGCUUUCAUUUUGGAUGCAAUAUUUUAACAUUUUCUCGUCGUAGACUGACUUACGAAGGAACCUAUCCAUGAGAGUUUGACAAGUUUUGUUAACAUUUUCCUUAGCGGACGAAACGUCUAAAACUUCUCGACGCAAUGGCGGUCAACAAUUGGACUACUUCUUGCCGAAUCCUUGUCACGAUUCUAUCCACACUCUGUUUGUGUUUCAUCCCAAGUGUCCGUUCAGAAACUACUGAGCUAGCAGUUGACAAUGUUCUCUUUACGAAAUUGGAAGAUCUUCCUCUUGUGGAACAACAAGAAACGACACUGACGGUGGGCAUUUCGAUUGGAACUACAAACGUCCCUGCAGUUGCCGAUAAUGGCGUUGAAGUAUCUCACCCGGGCCCUUUCCGAAUCAAAUACACUCUCGCUUCAGGUACCAAUGCUUCCAAUGCUGUGGAACUUCUGGAGAUAACAAGUGUGUCUACGUCAAAUCCGCUUUCUCCUGGAACACUGUAUCCCUAUGAAAUAAAUAAUUUAGAUGUUUCUCUAACAAGUCUCGGCUGUGAUGCUGUACCCUUGCUUUGUGUGGAAAUCACUUCUGAACAAGCAGAUUUAACACUGAUUGGAGAAACUAAGGGCUGCAUUCAGAUUACAUGUAGAGGUGUGGUAAUAACGUACGUUGAGCCAGUUGAACUAGAGACAUCAACACUGAAGCAAGGACUCCCAAGUAACAAUGUCAGAUUAACAGUCAGCUUUCAAUCCGACCAAAACUACGCUUCUGUUUCAGGGACGUACCUGUGGGAUCCCUUGGUUUUUGGGAAUGACAACCAGUUUGGCACUUCGCCUAUGAUUCCUGCAACGCCGACAUUGACUGCUGUCACAAACUAUGGUAUCAGCAACAUGGGAACGUCCGUCUGGCCUGAGUUAGGAGUAACGAUUGAUCUCACCGAGUAUGGAUGUCCUGAGGCUCGUUAUAUUUGUGUAAACCCUCAAAAGAACAGCUCACGAGAGUUCUCCCUAGGAUUCAUCCCACAGUCUGCACAAUAUGGAUGCGUGGAAGUUGAUUGCGCUGGGGUAGAAUUCAUUGGUGGAACCAUUACUACAACCUCUCAGGUUGCAGAAUUCCAGAGCAUGUCUGAGAUCACUUUUGAUGUUACCUUUGAUACUGACCCUACAAAGGGGGGUGUGAAUGGGCAGAAUCUGUGGAAGGUGAAAGCCUACCUCUCUAUGAGUGAUGAUACAGCCAGCACUGCUUCCACACCCGUCGCUGAAGCUUAUGCUGAUCUAUCAGAUAAUACUGUUAGUCAGGACCUUGCACCUGGUGACUCACUGGAGAUCUCAGGUGCUGAAGUAGAAUUAGAUCUUUCAUCUGCCUCCUGCAAUUCUCUCUACCUGUGCCUCACGGUUGAAAGGGACAGCAACUCAAUAAGGGACAAUGGCUCAUCUUUGGAUUUUGAUGUCAACAGCUACAUAGUGUGUCAGCAAAUAGAGUGCAUAGGCCUUGUUAUCCAAACUCUGACACUUACCCAGAACUCGAGGCAAACACAACCGUUGCUGGAGUUUGUUUCUGGCCUCCAGGAUUUUGUUGUCGAUCUGACCAUUGAUCCAGUGCCGACUAGUGGGGGAGUGAUGGGAGAUAACCUUUGGAUGUUUGAGGUCUUCCUCAGUGAUAUGGAAGACUGUUCUAACCCCUUGACACCGAACGCUGCCCCCACUGUCAUUCCUGGAGUAGGACAAACUGGCCAAGAUGUCGGUGGACAACAAGUCACUAUUGAUGACCUUCUCGUGAAAGUCGAUCUAUUGACUUCAGCAUGUUCCAACACUCGGUACAUGUGCCUAAAUCUAAAUCUGACAGACAGUGCUUUAGAGACGUUCCAAGCUGUAACAGGAGUUACCACGGCUAGUUUAGCUUAUAAUUGUAAAGGUAUUGAGCUCACUAGUGCUACUGUAGAACUGAGAACACCCUCUCCGCCUGAGAUCACAGAGCGUGCUCAAGCCACUACCAUUACUGUAGACCUGAUUGUGAAUGCCGGUCCUGAGGGUGGUAGUGCCAUAGGAGAUGAUCUUUGGACUGCUGUAUUGUUCUUCAGAACUGAAGAGAAUGGGACAGAAAUGGAACUUAUGACAGAAGCUGACAUUGGAGAAUGGAGAAACACAGAUGUGGUCUCUGGCCAGAUGGGCACUUUAGGCGGCAUCUCUGCCACCAUCGACCUUGAUUCAACCUGUGAUAGCAUGAGGUUUCUGUGUGUACAACUGAGCAAGAACCAGAGUGCAUCAUUUACCUUUGAUGUUGACAACAAUGUGAGGGUAGCUUGCCGGGAGAUACCGGAAACUGAAUGCCAUGGUGUGGAAAUAAAUGCCACCAAUAUUCGUAUACUCAACUCGAUCGACGUGAUUGAAAACACAGGAGCUUCUCUCACAGCUGAGCUGUUUCUUACUGGCAAUUCCACUGAUCAGAGUGCCCCUCUCUCUGGAGAGAAGCUGUGGAGGUUAAACGUAUUCACCAGUUCUGAUGGCAUAUCAAAGGAUGGUGGAAUCAAUUUUCUGCAUAAUCUAACUACAUUACAGGAAGAGACUGUAAUUGCUCCUGAUGAAGGCUUUAAUUUCACAGGGAUUACAACGAUUGAUGUCUCCUUUGACAUGACAGACCGCCCAUGUGAUGAGAAUAACUACCUGUGUGUGGAAAUAUUGAAGGGGACAGAUCCAGAUCCAGCAUUUUCUCUGACGGGUAACACUAUAGGCUGCACUAAUCUCAACUGCAAAGGAAUAAUUGUGACAAACACAAACACCACGAUCACUUCGAUCCCGAAUGGCGGUGUUCUUGUAGAAGAUUUUCCAAGCCAGGCUGUUGAUCUUGAGGUUGCCCUGACCACCGACGUGGGGGCUCAGGCAUCUGGUACAGGCCUGUGGCAGCUGGAUGUUUUCACCAAUGCAUUUGAAAAUGGCACUGGCGAGAUCAAGCGUUUUGAUACUACUCUGACAAGUGGAAGCUGGAUAGAUGAUGCUGUCCCGUCCGACUCUACCACCUCACUGGUUGUGCCAGUCAUGGUUGAUUUAUCUGGCCAGUUGUGCAUGGAUGUGAACUACCUCUGUGUAAGGAUUCGUGAAGGAAUUAUGCCAUCUCCAAACAUAACUCUUCAAUACUCAACCGGUCCAGAGAACUUUGUCGGAUGUGCCCCUGUCACCUGUGAAACUGCUGGAGUGGAAAACAACGCAAUGACCUUCACACCUUCAAGGGUUGUUGAACACCAGGUGGCUCCUGAGCCCUUCACUGUCUCCGUCUCCUACAUCUCAGAAUCCGGGCGUGGCAACAUCACCGGAACCAACCUCUGGAGCCUCAAGGCCUUCUUCAGCGAUUCUGAGAAUGGGACUAACCCCUUCAUUGAGACCCAGGUGGAUCUUGGCACUCUCACCAAUGCGUCUUUCUAUUCCGGCCAGACGCUGGAGUUCAACGACCUCACUUUGAAUGUACCCCUAAAUGACCUGGUCUGUCGUAUGUCUACAUACUUCUGUACCCAGUUAGGAAAAGGCGACCUAAGUAAUACUGAUUUUAGUCUUGAAAUCAGACCAGCCUGCCAACCAAUCCAGUGUGCAGGUGUUGCGCUGAACUCGACGCAGGUUUCGGUCAAUACUGACCAACUGCUCUUUGAGUACCAGAGCUCUCAGAGCUCCAGUUUAAAUGUUACUCUGAAUAGUCUCCCUGAAGGUGCUAGUAUCGAGGGCACCGAUCUUUGGAACUUCACUGUCUUCCUCAGUAACAGUGAUACCAUGUUUACUGAUAGAGAAGCAGUCAUGACUACAAGCACAUACACAUCCAGCGGCAGUCCACUUGUAGCUGGCACACCCCUCACCAUUCAAGGGGUACAAUCUGUGCUGGAUCUUGAAGGAGUUGGCUGCAGUGAUUUCAGCUACAUUUGUGUUCAGGUUGAUGUUGGAACCAUGCCCAUGCCACCUUUCAAUCUGGACCUUCAAGUGUCCAAUGCCAACAUCGCAUGUGCUCCCGUCGAUUGCCGAGGUGUACUCAUAAGUAGUAGCAAUUUGAACCUCAUCGAAGGUGAUCUCCUGAUUGAGCGCACGGACAACCACGAUGUAACCUUCAGUGUCUCUCUCCAGUUCAGCGACGUAAGCACCAAUAUCUACGGUGCGGACCUUUGGCAGGCUACCGUCUUCACCAACACCAGGAUGGAUUGUGGUAAUACACCCUGUACAUCCAGUCAACCUAUUGUGCUCAGCGGUGGGAACGUCACCAGAGGAGAGAUGGUCACCACAGACAGUGCCGUCGCCUCCUUGGAUAUGUCUCAAUGUACCUGCCCUCAGAUGCAGUAUCUGUGUGUCCUCAUCACUAUGAACCCAGGCGCCAGCAUCAAUUUCACCCUGGAGAGUCCAAUGCAGGGCUUCAGGGAUUGGCAUGAGGUGACCUGUACAGGUGUGGUGAUUGAUGGUGUAGACCUCAUGCUGUCCAAUCCAUCAUCUGUCAUUCUCAAUGAAGCCGAUCCUAACCCCCUGAAUGUGAUUGCUAGUGUUACCUUGACUGUGGCUAAUGUAUCGGCUGCGAUAGAUGAGGGAGCUGUAACAAACAUCUGGCAGAUCGAGCUCUACCCUAAGUCUGACCCAGUGGAAUUCCGAGUGGUUGCCACCUUAACCCCUGAGCAACUGAACCAGGGAUUGAACAAGAGCGAUACUCUCACCUUCAGCGACCUCUUCUUUGAAUUUGGAACCUUUGACUUUGUGUGUCCUGAGGGAGGGAUGGAGGAGCUGUGUGUGGAAGUCAGCACAUCGCCUAGUAUCAACCCUGCUGUCUCCAUUGCCUUUCAGCCUAAUGGUACCGACUGUGUCUCCGUCCAAUGCAGAGGCGUUCAAUUAGACAAUUUGAUCGUGGCAGGAGAAACCGACACAAGUUUUGUAGAGUUUGAAUCCAUGCACCGAAUAACCUUCAACAUCAGCGCGAACACCACAGAAACCAGUACCAAUAUUGCUAACGGUGUCAACCUCUGGCAAGUUCGCGUUUAUGGAAGCUUGUACAUGAAUGGAACAGGAGAACGCUACAGCGAAACACAGAUCCCAAUUGAUGAUACGUCAACAGUAACAGCGGGAAGCCCCGUCGAGUAUUCUGGUCUGGUGUGGGAUAUGGACCUGACAAAUUUCACGUGUCCAAGCACAAACCAGUUCUACAUGUGUGUUCAGUUAAUGCCAAGGGACAUAUCUAACCCCCAAUUCUCAAUAUCUCCAAUACCACUGGAAACUUGUGUUGAGAUUGACUGCACUGGUGUUAUGAUCAGCACCCUUGAUCUAACAGUGAAUAGUGGUGACCCUGUCUUGGAACGCCAGUCCAAUGAUGUGAACCUCACCAUCACGGCAACCUCCUCUAUGGCUGGUAGCAGUAUCGAUGGAGAUAACCUCUGGAAGCUCACCAUCUUGGUUUGCGAGAGGGAUAACUGUGUUGAAAAUGAAGCAAGAAGAGAUACGAAUUCCAAUGCCAUUUUGGAGGUCACUGUCAAUUUGACAACAGUGUCCAUCAACGAGGAUUUAGCUGCUGGCGGUAGCAUUACCUUCAGCAACAUCGCAGAGACCCUAGACCUGUCGUCCUUGGAGCAGUGUCCAGCCAGUGAGAUCGUGUAUAUCUGUGUCCAGCUGGACAAAGGUGAUGCAGCCUCUCCAGAUUUCACGUUAGAAGGUGACCUUCUAACAUGUCAGCCUGUGCAAUGCAGAGGUGUGCACAUCCUAAGCAGCGUCACAUCCAAUCAGGUGGGUACUCUCCAGGAAGGUAACCCAAGCAAUGCUGUUGAGUUGGACUUCUCCUUCACAGCCGACACCGUCAGUUCAGACAUCUCUGGCACCAACCUCUGGGACAUCGAGAUCUACGGUAGCAACAGCCAAAACGGGGACACCAGUGGCACAAGGGUGACCCUUGGCGAUAUCGGUAGCACCACCAAUGCACCCCUGUCUGCGAGUCAGACCAUUGAAUUCUUCAAGGUUACUACCACGUUGGACCUCUCGCCUUACAUCACAUGCCAGGAAGGGCAGUACGUGUGCGGCCGUCUCAUACGUAGGGCCGCCUCCGCAUCUCAAGUGUUCUCCGUGACUGGGGAGAAGACGGCGUGUUACCUAUACACGUGUACAGGUGUUCAUAUAAGUGGUACCACAGUACAACUCCCCCCUGGUGCAUCACCGACAGAAGGCCAGGCUACCGACAUGGAGCUAAUGGUCACUCUGGACGUAGACGACACGUCAUCCACCCUGUCUAACGCAAUGGAUGCAUGGCGUGUUGAAGUCUUUGGCAAUUCACAGAUGAAUGGCUUGGGGGUUGGUGGAACAGGUCGGUUCAUUGCAAACAUCAGUUCCGUACCACCGACAUCAAUCAUACCAGGCAAUAGUCUUGUGUUAUCUGUGCCUGUUUCCUUUGACCUUUCGAGUGGCUACUGUGAGAACAUAAAACAUCUCUGCGUUGAGGUCCAGAGAGGUGUUAGUGCGACCCCUCCUUUCAAACUCAACGGUGUGCCCUCAGACUUUGAAGGCCUCUAUGGCUGUACCCCUGUCAACUGCACAGGCGUACGUAUCAGCAACAGUAGUAUUGAAGCUAUCACUAAAGGCAGUCCCGUUCUACAGGGUAACUCAGCAUUUGAAGUUGAACUUGAUGUAGACUACGGCAGCGAUGCAUCGGGUGCAGACGUCAGCGGAGAAGAUAUAUUUGAAGUCAAGCUCUUCCUUUCUGAUGAUAUGACCGAUUCUGGGAUAAUUGGUGAUAAAUACCCUGCAGACAUUCCAGCAGCUUCACAAAGCACCAGCCUUAUCGCUGGUCAACAACUCAACAUCCUUCGCGCCACGGCGUCGAUCAGUACAGAGGGUCUUGUCUGUCCAGUAGGGGGACUCUACCUUUGUGCUGAACUCUUCAAGCCUGCCAAUGCCUCUUACACGCUGAAUGGUUUCGACUCAAGCGCAAUGAUGGUUGAAAAUGGCCUACUGACUGCUUGUGAGAUGGUAGAUUGCCGAGAUGUGAGAUUUGAUAACAUGACGUUGUCACCCAUCGAUCCUCCUUGCAUCAUUGAGAGAACCGCCAAUCAGAUACUGUCAGUCAACGUGACAGUCGAACCCAACGCAACAUGGAGCAAUGCCAGCGGGAACAGCCUCUGGAUGAUGAGUACAAUCAUCAAAUCAGCAGGACAGGUGGAGAGGAUGGAAUCUAUCGUGCUCUCUACCGACAACGCCAACAUGGACAUAGUCGCUGGCACAUCAACCACUUUCACAGAUGUGGCCCUCUCGCUUGACCUGUCCAGCUUCUAUUGCCCAGAUGCAAUGGUCGAGCUCUGCGUGUCCAUCAAUACCAAUCCAAGUUCAAACUUCACUCUCAGUCUGAGUUCAACCUCUGAAGCAUGCCUGAACAUCCCAUGCAAAGUUACUGAAAUUGACAGUAGUGACUAUGAAAUCUUCUACCCACCCAACAUCCUUGAGUACACGAUGAAUGACCUGCGCUUUGCUGUUAGCCUGACUGCGGGUCCCGUCUCGGCCUCCAUAGCAGGAGAAGAGCUGUGGAAGGUUGUUAGGGUAUACAUGUCUGGCUACGCUGAGGGUAAUGACAGUGUUGCUGCGGAUACUGCAGUUCCAUUGCUCUCCUCCCAAGAUGAAAUCGGUAUUUCUGCUGGAGAAACGAUCAGAUUGUUGAACAUUGAGGCCUCUCUUAAUCUACAGGACGUGAUCUGUGCCAGUAUGCCUUAUCUCUGUGUCGAGGUUGCUAAGGGCGACGCCCCUAGUCCUGAAUUCAAUGUCUCCUUCAAUGAUAACUCCAACAUCAUUUGUAAAGAGAACACUAGGUGCCAAGGUAUUGUCAUUACACAAAACUCGAUCCAAAGUCCUAGACCAGAUGCAACUGAAGGGCGUGAGGAUCAACUUGUAAACAUCACUGUGACCAUCGAGCACGACCCUGACCUUGGGACGAGCACGGGUACUGAGAUGUACCCCUGGAUGGUUACAGUGUUUUACAAUGGUCAAUCGGAUUGCUUGGGAGAUGACUUUGGAGACAGAGUUCCUGCUGGGAUCGUUGAUCACCAAACGCUGGUUGAUAAUCAGCGGCUUGUGUUUGAGAAUCUGGAAGUUCAAUUGAAUUUGACUCGACUUAUAUGCCCAGAAACGGAUAUCUACCUCUGUGCUGAAUUUGAGAAGAAUACAUCAGCAGCGUCUGAUUACACCUUGCAAUACCAACCACCAACAGCAAGAUACGCAGGGCAACAAGUUGCUUGCCAUGGAGUGGAGGUUUCCGCCACUGAAUUAACGUUGACUGGGGGUAUACAGCAUGCGCAGGCAGAUCAAAACCAUGAAAUUACAUUUAGUUUCACUGUAAACUCAUCUGAGACGAGCAGACCACUUAGUGGUUCCAAUCUCUGGUCUUUCUUGAUAUACGGCUCUCGAAAUAGCGAUGGGUCUGGUGAUCGUGUAAUCAAUCAUGUCUUCAGUUCAGACUUGUCUCCAACGUCCCUUCAGCCGAGUGGAACCUAUGAACUAGAUCCUGCCAGUCAGAUGCUCAAUCUUAGUUUUGAGGACGUCAGUUGUGUUGAGAUGCCUUACCUCUGCCUGGAGAUCAGAAAGAGUGACGGAUCUUCAGUUGAUUUCUCAUUGCGGGGCGUUCCUAAUGGUCUCAGUCUGAGGGAUUGUUUUAAACUCGACUGCAGAGGUGUCUACAUUGAUGAGUUCAAUGUUACACUCACUCCUGGAGAUGAUGUCGUUUACGAGAACAGCGCAAAUGAACUGACCGCUGUGAAUCUGGGCCUCUCAUCAAGUAUCGACAAUGAGGGCGCAACGGGUACCAACCUCUGGGACGUCUCUGCCUUCUUUAGCGACGCACAGGAUGGAUCAGGAGAGGUCAUCGCCAGGACACCGGUCACACCACUUCCUGGCAGUCAGGGUGAUCAAGACUUCCCUGCCGGUGGCCAAAUCAGCUUUGGUCCUCUGGACUUGAGCCUGACCCUACCUGGAACGUGUGAGAAUGUGAUGUAUCUGUGCUUUGAGCUACAAGCCAGGGAUGACGCAGUCUCUUCCUCCAGUCCAAUCCUACUCGGCAGUACUGUCUCGUGUGUACCAGUCGACUGCAGAGGUGUUGUUAUUGCCAGUACCACUCUUCAGGUCAACUCUGAAGACUAUACAGAGACCGAAGGUCUCAUUGAUUUUAUUGCCGAGGCCACUGUGAUGCCUCACCCUGACUCAGCCGACAUUGCUGGUACUAAUCUAUGGAGCCUUGAUUUCUACCUAUCGGACUCGCCGACCGGGAACACAUCCUUUGCCCGUGCCCCGCUUAUAUCUGCCACCGAGCCUCUUUCUGUUGGUAGUAAUGUAAGAUUCAUUAAUGUGGUGCCGAUGUUUAAUGCAUCGGAAGUGCUUUGCUACGAAGCCUUGUAUCUGUGUGUGGAGCUGAAGAAGAACAGCGGUGCAAACCCAGACUUUGGACUCAAAGGUCUACCGGAUGACAGCACUCUGGUGGAUUGUUAUGAUGUUACAUCUUCGUGUAUAGGUGUUGUCGUAGCAUCAACCGAUCUUCAAGUCAUAAACAACCCUGUUCUGCUCAGUGGUGAACCCGACAUGGAGCUUGGACCUCUCAACCUCCUAUCGACCUUUGCCACCCAGACAAGAAACAUAGCCAACGGUAACGACCUCUUCGAAAUUCUCAUCUUAGCCAGGGAUGGAACUGGACAGGACAUCGAGUUGGGCAGGAGACCGAUCGCAGGACCGACAAGCAAUGUGGAGAGUUCAGGCAUGAUAAACUUCCCCUUCACAUCUUUGGUUGCGGAUCUCACAGGGAUUCGUUGCGACCAGAUGACAUCGGUAUGCGGUGUCCUUCAGAAAGGCUCCAAUCCAGACCCUGGUUAUACCCUUCAAGGACAAGGUGGAGACCUUACACUUCUAGAGGACUGUGUGCAACUCCAGUGCAGAGGUGUUCAAGUGGAUAGCUUGUUUGUGAACUUUGUGAGUGGUGUACCACUGCUGGAGGAUACUGCUUCACAUGAAGUCAACUUCACGUUGUCCGUUGAGGCUUCCUCCAUGGGUGCUAGUGCCCUCGGUGACGACUUGUGGUCAUUGACCACCUUCCUCAGCCGCUACGAGAACGGCAGCGAUCCGAUCUCCAGGAAGACCGCAUCCAUCGCUGACGAUGCCAACAUGGACCUAACGGCCGGCGAGAGCAUCGACAUUGCGGCAUCAGUAAACCUCAAUGCAACCGACUUGGUGUGCGACACCGAGUUCCUCUACCUCUGUGUGAUCCUAUCCAAAGGAGACUCAGUGAAUCCAGAUUACACUCUAGAGGGCGUAGGUGCAUAUGGUGACCUCCAGGUCUGUCAACCAUUCGCAUGCAGAGGUGUAAACCUCAACGGUGCUGAUCUGUCCAUUGGCCCCGGCCAAGUCCUGCGGAAUUUUGACCCCAUGUCAGAGGUCACCGUUGAUGUGUAUGUGAAUGUCGACGCGGACUCCGCUACAGUAUCUGGCCAGGAUCUGUGGCACUUUGAGUUCUACACCAGUACUGACUCAGAUGGAAAUGUGUCUCCUUCGCCAAGGGCCAUGCCAUCGAAUCUGACUUCAGAACAGGGCAGUGUAUCUCUAAUCGCUGGAGAAACGUCAGCCAUUGAAGGUGUGAACGUGGUGCUUGAUCUUAGCUCCACCUCCUGUGAUACUAAUAGGUUUCUCUGUGUUGAGAUCUGGAGAGGGCAGAGGGCUUUCCCAUUUUACACCAUCAACUCCCCUGCCUCACAGUCUCAGCUUAGAGGAUGUUCUUCCAUCCCAUGUUACGGAGUGAGGCUGGUUAGUGUGGCACCUGUUGUGAUUACCCCACCUAUUUGGAUUGAAGACCUUGCAAACCAGACCAUUACAUUAGAGAUCAUCCUCAUGCCUGAUCCAAUCUUCGCUAGUAUCAUUGGGGAAAACCUCUUCCAAGUAGAUGUCUUUGCUUCAGCUUCAAAUACCGGAAACCUAGCUCAGAUCUCCUUGGUUACUGUGCCUGUUUCUAAUGCCUACGCAUCCAAUUUGGAGGUGAACAGAUUCCAGAACAAUACUCUAAUGAAUGUGCAGGCUGUAUUGGAUUUCACUGGUUAUUCCUGCAGUGAUUUGGGGUAUAUCUUCGUAGAUGUCCGCAAGGGCCUUAACGCCGUUCCGAAUUACAAGCUAGAAGAUGAUUCCAAUCUUGGAUUUGCCCUUCAACCUUGUGCAGGUGUGAUAGUCAAUUCCUAUGUCCCAACCCUCAAUCUGGGAUCAAACGAAAUCCUGGAAGGGGAUUCUGCCCAUACCUUCACAUUCUCAGCUGAUGCAGUCACUGGGAAUGGAAUCCCGACAGAUGGAAACCAAGCAUGGCAGAUAGAGGUGUUUGUGAGCCUUGACAAUGAGGGAACGAAUCCCCUGCGGAGCGUAGUUUUAGAGGAUCUGACCGCCCCAUCAGCACCAAACAGUCAAAUUGAGUUUUCCAAUCUGGAGGCUACCCUCAAUCUCUCCGGUCUGAUGUGCAAUGAAUUCCGUCACUUCUGCGCUCGCCUGAGUGCCGCCCCUGGAGCCGAUUUCAGUCUGAGCGGAACUCCAACCGAUUCUGUUCUUCUUGGCUGCAUCCCUCAGGAAUUAAGAUGUCGAGGAACGAAUCCCAACUUGAGGGUGCAAGACUUUACCGAUACAACCCUGACGGUCGAAUGGUUUCCAUCCAUCGGAGAUUUUGAUUCAUACCUUCUCACCAUCAAUCCUCUGGAUGGGCAGAAUCCAGAGUACUCGCAGAUCAAAUCAGUGGGAACUUACAUGUAUACCUUCACUGGUUUGACGCCUGGAGAUGAGUAUACAGUUACUAUACAGCUCACCAAGGGUGGUAUGCAGAAAGGACCUAGUUUCGUCCACCUCAAUGCUCCAACAACUCUAUUGCCCUCAUGUCCUGCCCUUGUGAUUCCUGCUUCUGAGGUCACAUCCAUGGAGAUCGUCGCCACAUGGCCCAGACCGGAAGGCUACACCAACGUCGAAUCUUACUCUAUCAGUAUCACCCCAAGAACCGGUGUGACCUAUGAUUCCCAGAUACCCAACCCAUUUACCUCGACAAAUGACAUGCACAGAGCAGUCUUCUCCUCGCUAACACCAGCCCAGACCUACGUGAUAGAAGUCACAGCCAACGCCAUAAACGCAGGUCCAGAAAGUCCUGCAGGGUGUAAUAGUAUACCUGUUGUGGCAAAACCUGCUGCGGUUGUUCUCCAAGUGGCGAACUUCAACACCACAUCAGUAAGCCUGGCAUGGAGCGUUCCACUAUCGGUCACUCCUGAUGGCUACGUGCUGACCAUUGACAUCCUUUCAGCUGUAGCUGACGCUGACCCUGCUCCUGUCGAUAUCCCAGGAGCCGACACGGCUUACGUAGUGCCGUCCCUGCUCCCGGGUGUGGAGUACUCGUUCACUGUGCAAGCUUACCAGAAUGUUCAGUCCACUCGUGCCUUCGGAGAGACGGAUACUGUCAUGCAACGAACAACUCCGGUUCCACCUGAAAACAUUGCGAUCGAAGUCACAGAAACAACGGCUACCAUCACCUACGAAGCUCCCCUUGGCUUCCAUAGUAACUUCACUCACACUCUCCUUGAUGAUGGUGGGAAUGAGGUUAGAGGGCCAGAUGGUAGCAAUGAAUUCAGUGUGGAGUACAUGGACCUGACAGCUGGAACCAUGUACACGUACAGAGUGUUAUCCAACGCAGGGUCGGCAACGAGCGAGGCAGUGCUUCAGACUUUCACUUCACGCCCCAACCCUCCCGGGAUCCCAGAACCAACGUUUGUCGACGAGACGACCAUCACCAUCCAAUGGGCCCAUAACAGCGGCGAACGUGACGAGUACGAGGUAUCUUACUCUCCAAACGGCACCAGCUUUACACCACAGACACCACAGUAUGUGAUUGAGAAUAGAUUUGUCCUCACCGGCUUAGAUCCCUACACCACCAUACAAUUUGAUGUACGCACAGUCGUCAACUCCGUGACUAGCACCCCUACCACGUGGAGACAAAGAACGUUUGCAGCAAGGCCCAAUAUGAUUGAGAAUCUAAUGAUUGUGACUACCUCAGCCAGCUCAGUGAAUGUGGUCUUCAACGUUCCAACCAAACCUAAUGGUCUUAUCACUGGAUAUCUCAUUUCUUACAACGGCAUGAGAAACACUGCUACAAGCAGUGGGAACCAGUUCUUCAGUGAUAUCCAUCCCAAUGAUGUCAGGGUUGAAGUUCCUAUCGCCAGUCUCGACCCAGGAUAUGUUUACCAAUUCAGUGUGCAAGCUGUGAAUGGGGAAGGAACUAGCGAUGCAGUCAUUGGAGAAGUUACUCUAGUAGCUGGAGAUCCUGUACCUUCAGGCAAUGGUAUCAACGCUCAGGGUGCGACAGCGUCAUCCUCAGCAACUACCAUCACCAUCGUGAUCAAUGAUAACCUCUUCUCCGAUGUGAAUGGCGCUGUCAUUGCUCUGCAGGUCUUUGUAGCAGAAGAACAUGCCAGCAACACAGACCGAACAAUAUCAGACCCUCCUCGGCGUUAUCAGCAGGUCAGAGAUCUUCUUUUCCGUACAGCCUAUGUGACCUCGCCCCUCUUUGCUCCGACUCCGUUCGGAGGCCGCCGCAAACGUCAAAUUGCCGACACUCUAACGUCUUACACCAUCGGGAGUGAAAGAGAAUGUGUGUCUGAAGAUAGCAUCUGUAAUGGUCCACUUGAACCUCUGACAUCAUACAGGGUUCUUGUUCGAGCAUACACGGAUGGUGGCUUUGCCGAUUCGCCGUGGUCUGAACCUAUCUCUACAAGAGCAUUGGACUCUUGGUUCACCAUCCCCAUCAUCAGCUAUGGAGUCGUCAUCUUCUUCAUUCUCAUCUUCCUCCUCCUGUGCUGCCUGUCAUCAGGCCGUCAUGGCCGCAAGAAGGUCAAAAGCUCCCCUGGACCAAGGAAAGCUCGUGGCUUCCACUCUCCGCAGCAGGAAUCUCGAUUCAAUGAUAAUCACAACAACUCCUCUAACAGACACCCAAGGCACAGCAAAGCACCUCCUCUAAUCCUCUCAAGGCCCAUUCUGAGUUCCCAGUUCCCUCUACACUACAAUGAGAUGGUUGCAGACAAACAACACAAGUUUACCAUGGAGUUUGAUGAUCUUCGUAACAUUGGCCAGGACCUAUCAAAGUCAGAAGGAAGGCGUGAAGACAACAAGAACAAGAACAGAUUUGGAAACAUCCUGCCUUUCAAUGAAACACGGGUGCGACUCAGUGGAUCUCCAGAUUAUAUCAAUGCUAACUAUAUCAAUGGUUUCAAUAAGCCCCAGGAAUACAUCGCAACCCAAGGGCCCAUGAGUAACACUGUCCAUGAGUUCUGGAGGAUGGUCUGGGAGAAGGAAUGCCCUGCGAUCGUCAUGCUGGUCCGCUGCAUUGAGGGUGGAAAGGAGAAGUGUGACAAGUAUUGGCCAAUCAACUCUGAUCCAACCGUCUUUGGCAAGGUGAUCGUCACCAAGCUAGCAGAACACACCCAUGAUACCUGGGCUGUCAGGGACUUCAGACUCAAAGUGGGAAGUGAAGAACGUCUGAUACGUCAGUAUCACUUCAUCUCCUGGCCGACACAUAGCACACCCAGGGUUAGCAGACCUACACUGAACUUUGUGAAGAACAUCAGAGAGGAGCUAGAGUCACCCAAGCUCAGCGGACCCCUUGUUGUCCACUGCGGAGCUGGUAUCGGCCGAACCGGUGUCUUCAUUGCUCUGGAUAUCCUCUUACAGGAGCUGAAAGCAGAUGAGAGGACAGUCGAUGUGUUUGCUGUCGUUGCUAAGAUGCGCAGGGAGAGAUGCUCACUUGUUCAAUCACUGGUCCAGUACAUCUUCUUGCAUCGUGCACUAGCAGACUUCCUUCAGGGACAGGGUCAUGGCGUUGAGGUCAGCAGCAUUGAGAGAUCAGAUGCCGGGAGUAUUCAAUCCGAUGAAAUAGAGCAGAUGAGUAAUACAUCUCUUUGAACACAUCGCACAAACAUGGAAACAAGAUGAGAUGUGCCUCAUUUGCCAACAGUAACUAAAUCUGUAAUGCUAUGAUGUAUUCAAUACUUUUUAAAAUUUGUUAUUACUGUUUAGAUGUAAAUGAUGUUGAAACCUUUUUAAUUGAAAAAAAACAAUAGGUUACUCUGUCAAUAUCAUCAUCUAGAUUCGAUUAAUUUUCUCUCACUCUCUCUCCCUCUCUUUCUCUCUAUUAAAAAGGCCCUUGCCAGUAUAUUUAUGUCUUUGGAUUUGUACUUGUAGUUGUAUUAAGCAUUACAAAAUAAAAUAUCAUUAAAUUCAAAUGAUUUGAUACCUUUGUGUUUGUUAUAUUGUAAGAAAACAGAUAAUAGUAAUACCGAAACCACUUAAGUCGGGUUAUGCAACUUUCAAUUAUUAAGGGAUGUUACUCAAUUUUGAUCUCAGAAAUGAAAUGGGCAAGAAAAGUAUAAAAAUUCAAACGAUGGGUCGAUUUUGUCUGAGCUGAUUUCAUCUGUAUAUAAUAGAAACCCUGCAAAUACUUUCUUCACUGAUGGAAUUAAUAAUUACAAAUUGUGAUGUGGAGUGAUAUAUUAUUCAGAAACCUGCUUACGGUUCUGUUUCUGCUAUGUGAAUUGUUAACCCUGGCAAGUCUUUCAUGAAUACUGAUUUCAUUCAGUUUCAGUGAUUAUCAUGUGUAACUCACAUUGCAUGUGUUGAGUCUUUCAUAGAACUAUUUCAUAUAUUAUACGUAUACAAGAAGUAUGGAUUUGUAUUGAAAUAGAGUCAUUAUAACUUCAUAGAUUUGUGUAUAUUUUAUGUUUAUGUAAAUCAAAUUAUUUGUAGAAUUCAAAUUGUGAGAUAAACAACUCAGGGUAUGUGGGCUUUUCUUAUUUUGUUGUUCCUUUUUAUUAAGUAGUAUGCCUCAUUUAAAGUGUAGUUUGUGCAUUAAGUCUAUUUACCUAAUUAUGAGUAUUCUAUUGAACUAUUUACUCGCAUAUACUAAGUUUAUUUACAUUUCUUCUAUAUUGUUUUAAUUUUUGCAUGUAGAGAUCAAAACAACUUUUGUAUUUAAAAAAGAAGUCGCUAUAUUUUGGUACUCUAAAAUCGGAUACUGUUUAAUUCUUUAUCCCGUGAACAACAUAGCCAAUGAAAAGUUCCCCUUUGUGUUGUUUUAGACAUUCCUGGAUCUACCCUUAGUUCAGUGAUGCAGUUUUAAAUGUAUUGUUACCAACUGAAAUCAUAUUUUUCUUUGAGUUCUACCCUUUGGAGUAGAUAUAUAUUUUACUUUCCUCUCCUGCUUCUUCAUAGAUUUUUUUAUUGUAACUGAAUAAUAAUCGGUUAAAAUCAUCUUAAGAUUUAUAUUUCCAAACCAAUCAGAAAAAAACUUUUUUUAUAAUGAAAACUUUGUGAUGAAUGUUGAAGAAUUGAAUUCUUAAAAAUGAAUUGAUAUCACAUCAGAUGCUGGAAAUGUAUGUUUGAUUAAAUGAUAUGGGUUUGUCUUUUCAAAAUUAUGAUAUAUAUGGAGGAAAACAAAUAACGUCAUAUCUAUGUUGUCCUGUAAGAAUUAAGAAUACUGAUUUACUUGUUGAAAAUCAUCAUAUUUAUAAGUGAAGCAAAGUGUCUUUCAAAUGUAUAUUUUUAUAAGUUAGCAAGCAUUGGAAAUUAAAUUAUGUCUUUCAAACAUUCUUUCUUGUAGGUGGUGAAGGGGCUUUUUACGCAUUUUAUUAAAAAUAUAAAUAUAUAUAUAUAUAUUUUUCAUACAUUUGUCACGAUGAAUAUGAUUAUGAUGACUACCGAUUAACGGUAGUCCAUACUACUAUGUGAUUCUAGAGGUGUUGUGGUCUAGUCCCUGCACUGUGGACCGCGAGAUAUAGGGUUCAAAUCCCUGCUACAGCACUAAUGUCCUAUUGCAAGACCUUUACCUACAUCCGCCUCAACUGAGCAGAGGUAAAUGGGUACUCGGUAGGAAGAAAUUCCUUGAAUGCUUUAGGGUCUUAGCAUUGCUUCUCAACUAAAGCCAUGAUAAUAAUAUAAUACUCUUUAUUAAUAAAAAUGAGGGGAUAUUUGUUUUGUUAUUAUUAUUAUUAUUACUACCUCUUGUGUACUAGUGACAAACCACAUCUCAUUAUAUUGUAUCGCGACAUUUCUUGUAUCAAAUGUUACCCAAGAUAAGAAGUGAUUAUGCAAAUUCCUUCAUGAAUUAUAUAUUCCUAAUCAGAGGUAGAAAUCGGCAUAAGGUAAACAUAAUCAUGCCUCUCUCUUAUACGCAAUCGGUACAAUAUGUCCAUAUUCAAUGUAUAAUUUCAUAAGCUGAAAUGUUAUGAAAAGCAUAUGUAUGUAAUUGACAUAUGUAUUAUUUCAAAUAGAAAUGUACACUUGUGAUUUGAUAUCAAAAAUAAUUUGUUGAUGCUGGGUGAGGGAUAAUUAUUUUAUGAAUAAAUUAUGGUUUACAAUGGAAA